AUGGCGGCUCUUACCGCCUCGGACUGGCCCGCCCCACGCAAAUUUUUCGAGCUGUGCGAAUUGGGAUCGAAUCAAGAUUGGCUGUGCACACACCUCAUGUCCGUAUGUUUGGUCAAUGGAUUCGGAACGACCCAGGACCAGACGGCAGCAGCGAUCAUCUUCGAGCUGCUGGCCAACGACGGCCACAGUCACAGCCAACAGUUGAUUGGACUUUGCCACUAUCAUGGCUGGGGAGAAUCAGAGAACUACCCGGUGGCCUUGGAUUGGUUCAGCAAGUCCGCCGACCAAGGCAACCCGUAUGGACAGUGGUGGGUGGGUUGGUGUUAUCGUUGGGGGGAAGGCGCUCCCAGGGAUUUCACCAAGGCAGCCAUGUGGUUCAGCAAGUCAGCCGAGCAGGGCAAUCGGUACGGACAGUGCAAUCUCGGAUAUCUCUACAGGGACGGCAACGGCGUCACAGAGUGCAUCGACACCGCCGUCAUAUGGUACCGCGAGUCUGCAAGCCAGGGAAACGAAGAGGCUAUCGAUAGACUCAAGGAACUUGGCAGAUGGCCAUGA